AUGAAAUUCAAAGAAGUAAAAUCCAAAGCGUUCCGCGCGCCGCAAGGACAGGAGCACGACCGACGCGUUGGCCCUUCGCUCCCCGACGAGCGGCGCUCGAGCGGCGGCGGCACCCACCGCAAAGCUAGUGGAGCGUCCAGGGGCUCGAGCAGCCAUCUUUUAGCGAGACAAAUGUUCGGGACGACGCGGCUCGGCCGACGGGCCUGCUCGCUGGUCGGCUCCGGAGAACGGAGCUUGGCGGCCGGGCUGCUGGUGGCUCUAGUGAUAGCGGCGCGUCUUCCCGGAGGCUCGGGAGCGGUGUUGAAGGAGUGCGACAAGCCGUGCGUGAACGGCGAGUGCAACGCGGCCACGGGCGGCUGUGUGUGUUACCCCGGCUGGGUCGGGGAUCAGUGCCAGCACUGCGGAGGAAGAUUCAGGCUCACUGAGCCCUCCGGCUUCCUUUCGGACGGACCUGGAAACUACAAGUACAAGACCAAGUGCACAUGGCUUAUAGAAGGACGUCCCAAUUCCAUCCUUCGGUUGCGCUUUGAGCAUUUUGCCACCGAAUGCAGUUGGGACCACCUUUACGUCUAUGAUGGAGACUCCAUCUACGCUCCUCUGCUGGCCGCAUUCAGCGGUCUGAUCAUUCCCGAGGGUUCUAACAACGAGACUGUUCCCGAAGUGGCGUCGCAGUCGGGCUUCGCUUUGCUGCACUUCUUCAGCGACGCCGCCUACAACCUCACCGGAUUCAAUAUCUCCUACAGGGUGAACACGUGUCCCAACAACUGCUCGGGUCGUGGCGAGUGUCGCCCGGACAUAGCCACGGGGUCAUCGCGCUGCCUCUGCCCAGACGGUUGGAAGGGGGACGCCUGCGAUGUGCCCUAUUGUCUCCAGGACUGUGGAUUCCCCCAGCGAGGACGCUGCCGGAACAAGACUUGCCACUGCUCGCUUGGUUGGCAAGGUCCUGACUGCUCUGUGUCGGUUCCAGCUGACUCGGGCUUCUGGAACCGCCAAGCCUUCUCGGAACCGGGUCUGGCCAGAGCCUCGCACAAGGCUGUGGUGGACCAAGGUGUCAUGUGGGUCAUUGGGGGAUACGUUUUCAAUGCUUCUGAUUAUCACAUGGUCAAAGCGUUUAACCUAAGCAGCAAGUCGUGGCUGACGCUGGAUCCGUCUGUCAACACCGUCCCGCCUCGAUACGGCCACUCAGUGGCGUUGUAUGAGGGUAAAGUGUACAUGUAUGGCGGAAAGAUGGAUUCUACGGGGAAUGUGUCCAGCCAGUUGUGGGUGUUCCAUGUUCAGAACCAGACGUGGGUUCUCCUGAGCCCGCGUGUCAAGGAGCUUUAUGCCGUGGUGGGCCAUUCAGCCCACGUGGUGCCACCCCUGCGGGAAGGAGACGACCCCGUCAUGUUGGUGCUCUUCGGCCACUGUCCUCUCUAUGGAUAUAUGAGCCUCGUGCAGGAGUACAACAUACACCGUAACCAGUGGAGUGUGGCGGCCACGGAUGGAGCUCUGAUCCAGGGCGGCUACGGCCACAGCAGCGUGUUUGACGCUGCCACCCGAGCCAUUUACACGCACGGAGGCUACAAAGCCUUCAGCGCCAACAAAUGUGGCCUGACUGGGGACCUCUACCGGCUGGACGUGGACACUAGGAAGUGGACCAUCCUGAGAGACAGCGGCUUCUAUCGCUACCUCCACACAGCCGUGAUAGUGAGUUCCACCAUGCUGGUGUUUGGCGGAAACACGCACAACGACACCGCCAUGAGUCACGGUGCAAAGUGCUUCUCCUCUGACUUUAUGGCCUACAGCCUGGCAUGCGAUGAAUGGACAGCGCUUCCCAGACCAGAGCUCUUCCAUGACCUAAACCGCUUCGGCCACUCGGCGGUCGCCAGCGAUGGGGUGAUGUACGUGUUGGGAGGCUUCAACAGUCUUCUCCUAAACGACAUGUUGGCGUACACGUCCCCGCGCUGCUCAGCCUUCUCGAGCGUAGCCUCGUGCGCUCGGGCCUCGCCUGGCCUGCGCUGCCUGUGGAACGCCAGCCGGGCCGCCUGCACGUCAUGGGAUGGAAACCCCGAUGUCGUGCCCACCUCCUGCAACACCAGAACUUAUGCUGACAAUGAGCGCUGCGACCAGUACACGGACUGUUACAGUUGCACGGCGAACACCAAUGGCUGCCAGUGGUGCUCCGUCCAGUGCCUUUCCUUGGGAAGCAACUGCACCUCCGCCUUGGGUCCUGUAAUGGACUUUGAUGGCUGCCCCAAAGACAUUCCGUCCUACGUCUGCAACAAAAAGACCAGCUGCAAGAGUUGCGCCGAAGACCAGAACUGCCAAUGGGAACUCCGCAACCAGGAGUGCAUAUCAUUACCUGCGAACGUGUGCGGCGAGGGCUGGCACCUGGUCGGCAACUCGUGCCUGAAAAUUCUGCCGGCCAAAGACUCUUAUGAUAAUGCCAAGCUGGCGUGCCGUGGUCAGAACGCCGUGCUGGCCUCUCUUACCACCCAGAAGAAGGUGGACUUUGUCCUGAAGGAGCUGCAGAUCAUGAGCGCAGAGCACAAGGUGAUGGUGACUCCCUGGGUGGGCCUGCGCAAGAUCAAUGUGUCGUACUGGUGCUGGGAGGACAUGUCUCCGUUCACCAACACGUCGCUACAGUGGCUGCCGGGCGAACCCAGCGACGCCGGCUUCUGCGGCUACCUGGCCGAAGCCGCCUCCAGCGGGCUCAAGGCUCAGACCUGCAUCAGUCCCGUCAACGGAAGCCUCUGCGAGCGCCCAGCCAACCACAGUGCCAAACAGUGCCGCACGCCCUGUGCCAUGCGUGCCACCUGUGGCGAGUGCACUAGCGGCAGCGCCGAGUGCAUGUGGUGCAGCAACAUGAAACAGUGCGUGGACUCCAACGCCUACGUGGCCUCCUUCCCCUACGGCCAGUGCAUGGAGUGGUACACUUUGAGCACCUGUCCGCCGGAGAACUGUUCGGGCUACCGAACAUGCGGCCAGUGUCUGGAACAGCCGGGCUGCGGGUGGUGCACGGAUGCCAGCAACACGGGCAAAGGCCAGUGCAUGGAGGGCUCGUACCGAGGCCCCUUCCAGACCUCUGUGCCGGCGCCUUCCACCCUUCCAGGCCUCCCCGUCGACCCGCCGCCCGCCCUCAACGCCAGUAUGUGCCCCACCGAGGCCCUCUACAACUGGUCCUUCAUACACUGUCCAGCGUGUCAGUGCAACGGGCACAGCCGCUGUGUCAACCAGAGCGUGUGCGAAAAGUGCGAAGACCUUACUACCGGACGUCACUGCGAGAGCUGUGUCUCUGGUUUCUACGGCGACCCCACCAACGGCGGUGGCUGCCAACCGUGCAAGUGUAACGGCCACGCCAGCAUGUGUAACCCCAGCAACGGCAAAUGUUUCUGUACUACUAAGGGCAUCAAAGGAGACCGCUGCCACCUGUGCGAGCUGGAGAACCGUUACCAAGGCAACCCGCUCAAAGGCACCUGCUACUACACCUUGCUGAUCGACUACCAGUUCACCUUUAGCUUGUCUCAGGAGGACGACCGCUAUUACACAGCUAUCAACUUUGUGGCCACACCUGAGGAGCCAAAUCGCGAUUUAGACAUGUUCAUCAAUGCGUCCAAGAACUUCAACUUGAACAUCACCUGGGCUGCUAGCUUCACGGCAGGCACGCAGAGUGGCGAGGAGGUCCCAAUUGUGUCACGCAGCAACAUCAGGGAGUUCAAGAACAGCUUCUCCAACGAGAACUUUGACUUCCGUAACAGCCCCAACAUCACUUUCUUUGUGUACGUCAGCAACUUCACCUGGCCAAUCAAGAUACAGAUUGCCUUCUCGCAGCACAGUAACUUCAUGGACCUUGUUCAGUUCUUUGUCACCUUCUUCAGCUGUUUCCUGUCUCUGCUGUUGGUAGCCGCUGUGGUUUGGAAGAUCAAGCAGAGCUGCUGGGCGUCUCGGCGACGAGAGCAACUGCUUAGGGAGAUGCAGCAGAUGGCCAGCCGGCCUUUCGCCACCAUCAACGUCGCCUUGGAGAUGGACGAGGAGCCGCCGGACCUGAUUGGAGGAAACGUCAAGUGCGUUCCGAAGCCCAUCGCGUUGGAGCCAUGUUUUGGCAACAAAGCAGCCGUCCUUUCCAUCUUCGUUCGUCUUCCAAGAGGCAGUGGAGGAAUUCCACCACCGGGGCAGUCUGGUCUGGCGGUGGCAAGCGCGCUGGUGGACGUUUCCCAGCAGAUGUGUUUGGGCUUUAAGGAGAAGUCGGGAGGCCUCCGGAGUCGCAAGCAGCAGCCUAGCGCUCAGCCGUCUACCUGCAUCUGA